AUGUGGUCCCUUGGUAUACUCGUUUUCUUGGGAAUUGCAGCUGCCGAGGAUGGCCUUAAGGGCUGGCUGCGGUAUGCACCCUUGUCAUGUUCAGACCAAUGCUCUUCCAACCUACCCUCGAGUAUCGUGACUCUCAAUACCACGAAGGCAAGCCCAGUAUAUGUUGCGGGAACCGAACUGCAGAAUGGGUUUCAAGGCAUCUACGAGAAAAAGCUGCAAAUCACCCACAAGAAGUGCAACGCUGCGGACUCCGUCAUUGUUGGUACUGUUGACCAGUAUCGCCAUGCAUGUGGUGCCGUGAGUGGUGUCCCAGACCUUGAGGAAGAUGGCUUCUGGUUAAGCACCAAGGGAAAAACUGUUCAAAUCUUGGGACAGAAUGAACGCGGUGCACUAUAUGGCACCUUUGAAUACCUGUCGAUGCUGGCACAGAGAAAUUUCUCCAAGGUUGCAUACGCGUCCAACCCCUCAGCGCCAAUCCGAUGGGUAAACCAGUGGGAUAACAUGGAUGGAAGUAUCGAGCGUGGUUAUGGCGGUCCAUCUAUCUUCUUCAAGAAUGGUCAAAUUAUUAAGGACCUCACCCGCGUCAAGGAAUAUGCCCGCCUAUUGGCUUCGAUUAAGAUCAAUGCCAUCGUGAUCAACAAUGUCAACGCCAAUGCCACUAUUCUGAGCUCUACCAAUCUCGAUGGAGUCGCUCGAGUUGCUGAUGUAUUUCGGCCGUACGGCAUACAAGUUGGAUUGUCAUUGAAUUUUGCUUCUCCUCAGACCUUUGGCGGACUCGACACUUUCGACCCCCUUGAUGCAUCUGUUAUUCAAUGGUGGUCGAACAUCACGGCGCAGGUUUACGAGCGGGUUCCUGACAUGGCUGGCUAUCUUGUGAAGGCCGACUCAGAAGGACAACCGGGCCCUCAAACAUACAACAGAACUCUUUCAGAUGCAGCCAAUUUGUUCGCCAAAGAAGUGCAACCAUAUGGUGGCAUCGUCAUGUACCGCGCUUUUGUCUACGAUCAUCAUCUCAACGAAUCCAAUUGGAGGGAUGAUCGUGCGAAUGCUGCGGUCGACUUUUUCAAGCAUCUUGAUGGCGAAUUUGAAGACAAUGUAGUUAUUCAGAUCAAAUAUGGGCCUAUCGACUUCCAGGUCCGUGAGCCGGUCUCACCUCUGUUUGCCAAUCUUUUCAACACUAGCAUGGCUAUUGAACUACAGGUCACACAAGAAUAUAUUGGCCAGCAAUCCCACUUGGUAUACGUUGCACCUCUUUGGAAAGAAAUCUUGGACUUCGACCUUCAGGUUGACAGCCAACCGUCCCUUGUCAGCGACAUUGUGACUGGCAAACGAUUCAAACGGAAGCUGGGUGGAUCAGCAGCUGUCGUCAACGUGGGUACGAACAGUACCUGGCUCGGCAGCCACAUGUCAAUGUCGAAUUUGUAUGCCUACGGACGCUUGGCGUGGAACCCUUCUGAUGACGCUCAAGAGAUCCUGCAAGACUGGACCAGAUUGACUUUUGGGCUCGAUCAAAAGGUUCUUGAUACAAUCACUCGGAUCUCGAUGGAUUCCUGGCCUGCAUAUGAGCAAUAUAGUGGCAACCUAGGCAUCCAAACGUUGACUGACAUUAUCUACACCCAUUACGGUCCUAGCCCUGCCUCCCAAGACAACAAUGGGUGGGGCCAAUGGACCAGGGCGGAUCGAGAUAGCAUUGGAAUGGACCGUACCGUGUCGAACGGGACCCGAUUCUCUGGUCAAUAUCCACAGGAGAUUGCUGCGAUGUAUGAGGAUAUCGAGAGCACGCCUGAAGAGCUUCUGUUGUGGUUCCACCAUGUCAAUUACACCUACCGCCUCUCUUCUGGAAAAACAGUGAUACAGCACUUCUACGACUCACAUUAUACUGGCGCCGAGAAAGCACAGGGCUUCCUUGAAAAGUGGGAAUCGCUUCAUGGAAAAAUCGACACUGAGCGGUACGAUCAUGUCCGGCGUUUCCUCGACUAUCAGACAGGCCAUUCAAUCAUUUGGAGGGACGCGAUUAACAAUUUCUACUACAAUCUCUCAGCAAUCCCCGAUGAUGCCAAACGUGUCGACCACCAUCCAUGGCGCAUUGAAGCCGAAAGCAUGAAACUUGAGGGCUACAAGAGCUACGACGUUAACCCCUUUGAAACAGCCUCUGGCGCCGUUGCGAUCGUCACAACAUCAAACACCACCGCCGGCACUGCUUCUACCGAAAUACAAUUCCCCUCCGGAACAUAUGAUGUUGCUGUGAAUUAUUAUGAUCUCUACGGCGGCCAGUCCCAGUGGAAGAUCUAUCUCAACGAUCGGAGGAUCGGCCAGUGGGUUGGGAAUAGUGAGGAAACCCUCAGUCACACGCCUUCGAUCUAUCUGGACGGACACUCUGCUACCCGUGUCAAAUUCCGUCAGAUCGAGGUCAAGAGGGGGGAUCAUUUGAAGAUUGUUGGCAUGCCUGAUGGCACUGAACCGGCGCCUUUGGACUAUGUGGCUUUGCUGCCAGCAGGCACUAUAGACUAG